UUUCUUUCUCUUUUUCUUCUUUACAUCCACCUCAUAACAUUCGCUCAAAAGCGCCAUAAAAACAACAAAACAUAUUCGUACGAUAUUGUUUUUUGAAAUAGAUCCAAGCAUGGAAAGAGCCAUGAGAGGCGUCAAUGGUCAAUCUGGCAGAGGACGAGGCCAAGGACCUCAAGGACAUAACACGGCUAGAGGUGGGGGAAGGGGAGGAGGAAGUAAUCGUGGCCAUCACGAUGGUGGAAGAGGACGAGAUUUGGCUAUGGGAUCAAGCCACGGUGGCCAUAGAGGGCGGGGCAGAUUCGACGAUGAGGCUAGAGCCCAGAUUGUCAGCUCUAGGCGACCAACCACUCAUCAAAUUGCGAGUGAAGGCACUGACGACAUCAUUGUCGCUGCUCCAGCAGCAGAAAAAGCCCAACACAUAGCAAGCUUCAUCCUUCGUAAGCAAGAUUUUAAGGCCUUCCAUGACCAGCGUCAAAUCCGAACAUUUGUAAACUCAUGCCUUCUCAACCUAUCCAACCAUCACUCAGUCGACACAUCAAAUAUUCUUACAGACCUAUCCUCCCGUCAGGGAUUAGCCAGGCUCAAGGAGCUCAUAUUGAUGCCUAUGCAUGUGGAUGCAGGAUGCGAGAAAAGCGUCCUGUCAUUUCAAUAUGUGAUUCUCCCACUGAUCGGGGUUUUAACUCGGGAAUCUGUUUGCCUAUCAACUAUGACCAGUGAGACUGGCGUCAUUUACUCCAUGGUAUACCUGCAUCACAGGCAGUUUCUGACAGAAGGUGUCCUACCCUGUAUGGAUAAACUCUUGGAACGACGAUCACUCAGAGACUAUAGCGCUGGAGGUCAACGAUUACUUGAGACAGAUGAUUCGAUCUGUCGAGUCGCAUCUCUGCAGUGUGCACUUUUAGCGAUCACACGCCUUGUCUACCAGCUGAUUAAGCGCACUAAAGAUGCAAGAGUUGAGAUGGCAGAGACUGUGAAGAAGUUGAAACGCCAACAAGAGUGUUGUGUUUUAGUCACUGAAAAUUCCUCCGAGAGUCGCUUCACUAAUGAAAUUUUGACAAGAGAGGUCAAUAGGCUCCAAGAAAUCAUCAUUGAUGCACAAGAUAUCACUAUCGAAUCCAUUGAUUCUAUUACAAAUCUUUUGGAAAAGCGAGCAAACAGGGCUCGCGGCCCAAAUAUGGUAAACCUUGCCAUGGCUUAUGAUCCUCCAGGACAUCUCUCCAAGGAUGGACCACGUCAUGACAACGAUAAGACUGAAAUAUCGCAAAUCACCUUGCUUCCGACUAUGAGCGAGAUCAUCUGCUAUCGCCCACCUUUCUUACCUUCAAAUGAUAUUCCGGAUGCGCCACAUUUUAUACCCCCAGGUUGGAGGCGACAAUUGGACAUUCAUUUUCGUCUUUACCGCGAGGAUUUAAUGGAUUCUCUGCGGAAAGGUGUGAUGGGAUUUUUGUCUGCACUGGAAAGGAUUAAAAAAGGCCAAGAAGGACUCUUGCUAAAGCAAAAGGAAUUGCGGAAGCACCUUGACAAUAACGUCAGUCUGAACGUCUAUGGCAAUGUCCAGUUUAUGGGCCUGGCAUGCACCAAACAACUCAGCGGUUCUGUUGAAGUUGCUUUUGCACAACCGCCACAAGUAGUAGACUCUCCCAAGAAACGACGAAUGGAAUUUUGGGAACGAUCGCGUCGCCGACUGAUGAAGGGAGCCCUUGUGUGUAUUGCCCGGCGAAUAGAGGACCGUAUGAAUGAUGAUGGAUUACCGUUUCAAAUGAUUCUGGGAGUUAUUACAAGACGGGAAACAGAUGACCUGGCAAAAGAUGAGAAAUUUGCCCAUAUUCACAUCUCCCUAGCUGAUCCCAUUCAAUACAUCACCAUAAUCAGAUCUACUACUACUCAACCCAGUCAAGAACAGUGGUUCCUUGUUGAGUCUAUGGGUGGUUUCUUCGAAUCGUAUAGACCUAUUCUGAAAGCACUUCAACUCUGUAUGCCAGCCUCCCUUCCCUUUGGAAAGUACAUUGCACCAAGCAAAGCAGACGAAACAGUUAUGCAACAAUCUGGAAAUGUCCUCGUCGACCCGCCGUUGUAUUCUCGGGCCCCAGGAUUCACAUUUGAUCUGUCCGUAGUAUUAAAUGGCCAACAGCAACGGUUGGAUGUGUCUGACCCCAACUCUAUCAUGAACUCUAAGCGUGCCCUACAGAGAUACAGUACUCUCGAUGACACCCAAGCCGAAGCCUUGGUCGAGACUUUAUGUCGGGAGGUAGCAUUGAUCAGCGGACCUCCUGGAACCGGAAAAACUAAGAUUGGUGUUGAUUUGAUGGAAGUUCUUUUACAUAACAAAACCGCCAUGAACUGUGGACCGAUUCUAUGUAUCUGCUACACGAAUCACGCGCUAGACCAAUUCUUGGAGCACUUGCUUGACAAAAAAAUAACGAAAAUCGUUCGAGUAGGAGCUCGGUCUAAGUCUGAAAGACUGGAGGAUUACAAUCUAGAGAGCCUAAUGAAAAGUCGCGAUCGCUCUUUUGGCGUUCGACAGUCCCUUCGUACAGCCCAUGUAGCUUGGGAAAAUGCCUGCGAGAAGGUCAAGAAGCUGGAAAAGGCGCUCCGCUCUGAGGAACUGGAAUGGGAAUAUGUUGAGCCUUACCUUUUUGUAAGCUAUCCUGAUCUGUUUGAGCAAUUUGACAGACAGCCAGGUUACCAAGGGGACGACGAUGAAUUAGCUGAUGAUGGAUUUACAGUUGUAGGAGGAAAGAAAGUUGGUGGAGUGUAUAAGAGAUGGAUCUCUGGAGUUGAUAUCGAAGAUAAAAGGAAAGCGAACGAAAAACUCAUAGAGGAUUUUAGAAGCCAGGUGCAAGCAGGCUCCAACAAGUUUGCUGCGCUUGACUCGAACUUUUCACGACUGAGGCCGCGUGGCCCAAUAUUGCACCAUAUCCCAGACACGAACCGUCCCAUCCAUUUGCUUACAGGCAAUAUAUGGGACAUGUCAUUAAAAGAGCGAGAACGCCUACAAGAGAAAUGGAGGCCAGAGAUACAGGAGGCAAUGGUGCAUGAAUUAUCAAAUCUCUUGCAGCAAAUUGAGAAAGCAGAUCAACUUAAAAGUGAUGCCUUUGAUGACAUUCGUCGGGGUAUUCUCAAAGAAACAGAUGUCAUCGGGAUGACAACCAAUGGAGCGGCCAAGCACCAGACUUUGAUAAGCGCUGUCGCACCCAAAAUUAUCAUCUGUGAGGAGGCAGGGGAGGUCCUAGAAUCACAUAUCCUGGCCACUCUCUCUGUCUCGACUCAACAUUUGAUUCUCAUCGGCGAUCACCUCCAGCUACGCCCUUCCAUUGAGACCUAUAACCUCUCAACGGAGUCUGCGAUUGGACAAAACUAUAAUUUGGAUAAGUCUUUGUUCGAGCGUCUAGUCACUGCGACCAAUCCUCUGCCAAUGUCACAUUUGACUAUUCAGAGACGCAUGCGGCCCGAGAUCUCUAGUCUAAUCAGGAAUACGCUAUACCCGCAUCUAGUAGAUGGAGAGAGAGUUUUCCAAUAUCCUCCUGUUAAUGGUUUAGGUGCAAACCUAUUUUUCAUGGACCAUCAACACGCAGAAGAUAGCAAGGACGAAUACGGUAUGCAAUCCUUCGCCAAUUCAUUUGAAGUCAACAUGAUCGAAGCACUAGCAAAGUACCUCAUCAAAAAUGGAUAUGAUAAACCAGGAGACAUUGCUGUCUUGACACCUUACCUCGGUCAGCUAUCGAAGCUCAGAGAUAAACUCCGACAAAGUUUUAUGCUCAUGAUUGAUGAGCGCGAUCAGGAACAGUUGGAUAUGAAAGACGAAGAAAAGGGAGAAGGGAAUACUACUUCCAGCCUUGGUAUCAAUGAACAUGUUGGUAUCAAAAAAAUUGGAUUACAAAGUCACCUCACCUUGCGUACAAUCGACAAUUACCAGGGAGAAGAGGCAAAGAUUGUGAUCAUAUCUCUUGUUCGCAGCAAUGUCAACGAUAACGGGACUUUGACAGGAUCUAGCUCUAUUGGCUUUCUCAAGUCUCCUAAUCGCACGAACGUCCUUCUCUCGCGAGCUCAGCAUGGGAUGUAUAUCAUUGGCAACGCAGGCCUUAUGGAGAACGCGAAAAAGGGGAUUUGGCCACAAAUAAUGCGAGAAUUGCAACAAUAUGAUCGCAUUGGAGACGGUUUCCCGCUCGUCUGCAAGAACCAUCCGGAGGCUCAAAACAUCGUAACAGAGCCUGAUGGAUUCAAGAUUGUUUCACCCAAUGGAGGCUGCACCUUAUCAUGCGGGAGUAACAUGCCUUGUGGACAUGUCUGCCCCUUACAUUGCCACCCGGACGACAUGGAGCAUUUGCUUGUCAAGUGUUUUGAGGCUUGCCCACGUCUUCAUCCAAUUUGUCAACAUGUAUGCCCGAAGCGAUGCGGCGAAAAAUGUGGCAAUUGUUUGGAGAUAGUAGCACCUCUUGUCCUCCCAUGCGGUCAUAUUUAUGAGCAGCCACGUUGUUGGGAAGCCAAAGACCCCUCAAAGAUUGUCUGCAGAGUCAGAGUCACACGGAAGUUGCCAACUUGCGAGCACGAAAUGACCAUGGAAUGUUAUCGAGACCCAUCGUUGGUUUCGUGCGCUGCGCCUUGCAAAUGUAACCUCCCAUGUGGACAUUCCUGUACUAGGCCAUGCUCAGAGUGCCAGAAGGCCUCCGCUGAUCCCAAGGCCAAGGAAGAUAGACUGCCUGUGCCCGUGGUGGUCGUACGGACCAACCAUGGCAAAUGCCUUACCAAAUGCGGCAAAAAUCAGUUCUGCGGACAUGCGUGCGCAACAAAAUGUCAUAAAGGAACUUCCUGUCCGCCUUGUGGGGAGAGAUGCGAGAUUGCAUGUGAUCACUUCACAUGCAAGGAGAAAUGCGAUAAACCAUGUGCUGCCUGUUGUAAGCGUUGCACUUGGGCUUGUCGCCAUGAAGGUCAAUGCAACAUGCCUUGUGGCGCACCCUGUGAUCGACUUCCCUGCAACAAGCGCUGCGAAAAGGCACUGCAAUGCGGUCAUCGCUGUCCAUCUAUUUGUGGGGAAAAAUGCCCAAGCAAGGAGUUCUGCGUCGAAUGCAAGAACCCAAAGACGAUGGAGAUGAUUGUUGAUGUAAUUAUGCAACAAUCUCUGGAUGAGACCGACGUAAACGAGGAUCCCAUUCUGGUCAUGAAAUGUGGGCACGCUUUGACGGCCUCAAGCCUUGAUGGUAUGAUGGAGAUGCAGAAUUACUAUCGGGUAACUACAGAUCAGAGGACUGGCGAGACGACCUACCUUGACACGAAGAGCCUUCCAGGUGAAGAGGUUGCUCAGGUUGCUUGCACUCUUUGUCGCAAACCUAUCACUGGGAUCUACCGCUAUGGGCGUCGUAUCAAGUAUGCACAGCUGUCUCAGCGAUCAAAAAAGUUUCAGGUACAACAAGCUAAGGCGAUGAAAGAAGCAAAGCAGGGAUUUGAUGUGGCUCAAGCUCGUAUGGAUCAGAAUCGUGAAGAGUUUAUCAAAUCACUCGCAGCACCUGCUUCUCGACUGCAUAAUGACCCUCCACAGCCUAAUGAGCCUCCGCCAGAGACAUCCUGUCUCCUUGGGAAGUACUCUGCUCCCUUGGCUGCGUUUCCAAAUAGCGACGUUGGCGCCAUUGCUAUUUAUGGCAUUUCAGAAGAGCAUGAGAAAGGAUGGCGGAAGUUGAUCGAUGAAACCAUAAGAUCAUUAAAUGGUUUCAAGAAGAUUUAUAAACAAUCUUGUGCAUCACCUACGAAACGGCUGUUUGAUGCUGCAGUCUCCCAUUUGUACCGCAUAAAAACUGCACCUUCUUUCAGCCCAGAAACCGGCUCUGCGAUCCAAGAACAUAUUCCUGAAGGCGCUCAGACUGCUUCAGAUGUGGUCCAGGCCUGUAUUGUAGAAUGUGGCCUUCCUCGGGACGGACACGGCGGCUCAUCAUUUGUAGAUUCGCUGCAGGAAUGCACUAACGCUUUGAUCUUUAUCCUUGGUUCUGCGCUUGCUGUGCUUGAGAAAGUUGGUACCUCAUCAGGCUGGUACUGGUUUAUUGGAGAUUUGAUUCGAUGCGCAAGUCUUCAUGCUAUCAAGUUCAAGGAAGCAGCUUUGAACGGUAAAUAUGAAAGAAGUGUUGCAUACUCCCGCAUUAUGCACAUGGAGUUGAUUUGUAAAAGAGCAGAGUGGUUAGGUCGGAAACCCUUGCCAUCUGAAGAAAACAGUAGGACACAAAGGCUUGAGGAGGCUGACAAACUACAAGCGGAGUUCAUGGAGGAGUAUCAGGAGAUUAAGACUAACUGUCCUCUUGGUAUCCGACCUGAAUGCAAUGAAAAGGCAGAGAGCAUCAUGAAGAAGAUGGUUUUGGCAGUCACGAGCGCGAAAGGUGAAAGUAUCUAUACACCAGUGACAGACGAGGAAAAAAUAGAGCUGAUCAGGGCUGUGGAGCAAACCUUGCAUGGAACAGGACGCUGGUACCGAUGUCCUAAUGGCCAUACAUAUGUAAUUGGGGAGUGUGGAAUGGCGAUGGAGCAAUCGCGUUGCCCUGAAUGUGGAGCAAAUGUCGGAGGAGGGCAUCAUACACUACUUGGCGACAACACCAUUGAUGCAGAGUUUGAGAGAUUGAGAGGUCGUCGUUAGGGGAUAAUAUGGCGAAGAUUAAUCUCUGAGAAUAAUAAUAAUGAUGAUGAUGAUAACACUAAUAAU